AAAUACUUCAUUUAAAUUAUUUUCAAGCUGAGGCCGUUUAUCAGUGACAGAAUCAUUUCUCAUUUCAGUCAAAAUCUUCUAAUAUGAAAUCAAUAUGUUGAUAAAUGUAUUUUUACAUACAAUCAAUCGUUCAAUAGUCAGUCCCCUGUGUAACAAUCAGUUAUUACUUUUAACGUAAUAUCUAAACAAAAUUAAACUGUCUACAUUAUAUAAAUCAUGAAAUUAUAUUGUUGUUGGCUGAUAUGGUUAUUCAUCAAAUUUAUUGGAGGAGACAACCAUACAAUUCAAGAUCCAAUGAAUGUGUCAAGUGUUGUAGCUGUACCGUAUAUUCAUUCUACAGGAAGUAAUUCAAUAACACCUAGUUCAUCGUGUUUGAAAGGAUUCACAUCUGAUGAACUCAACGUGUUUCUGGUUUUUGCCCGUAUAAUAACUCCAAUUGUUUUUGGCUUAAUUCUAAUUAUUGGAUUUGUUGGUAAUCUAUUUGUGAUGAUUGUAGUCUUAGCCAAUGCUCAAAUGCGUAAUACAACAAAUAUUUUAAUUUUUUCAUUAGCAUUAGCUGAUAUGGCAUUUAUUGUAAUUUGUGUUCCAUCUGCAGCGAUAGUUUAUGUGGCUGGAAAAUGGCCAUUGGGAUUAUCAUUGUGUCGCAUUUAUUAUUAUUCUUCAUAUGUGUCUGUGUACUGUAGUGUGUACACUUUAGUAUUGAUGAGUUUGGAUCGCUUCAUGGCUGUAGUCUAUCCUAUUCAAUGUAUGCAUAUUCGUACACAGAGGAACACUACCAUUGCAGUAUUUAUUACUUGGACUGUAGUGCUGGUUACAAACAUACCGUUAUUUGUCGGUGCAAUCUUAGUAAGAGGUCCACCGGAAGGUGGUGAAAGUUCAUGUGUAACUGAAUACUGUACAUAUUCAUGGUUAGUAAAUUUUGAUGCACAAACGAAUAUUGCAAGAGAUAAUCGACAAGGAGGACAAAUGUUUUUUCUUCUUUUCUUUCUGUUUGGAUAUUUAUUCCCAUUUGUUGUAAUCUGUUUGUUAUAUAUAUGUCUAAUACUAAGACUACGUUGUGGCCCAUCUUCGAAAAUGGCGCAUUCAGCAGAAGCGCAACGUUCAAAGAGACGGGUUACACGUCUAGUCGUAACUGUAGUUAUUGUUUUUGGUAUCAGUUGGUUGCCAAUCCAUACAAUCUUUUUAAUACAAUAUUUCGCAAAAGACCCAGAAACAGAUUUAUUUAGAAUAAUACAAAUAUUAGGAAACUGUUUGGCUUACGGGAACAGUAGUAUCAAUCCGAUUCUGUAUGCAUUUUUAUCUGAAAAGUUUCGAACUGGAUUUUUAAAACUUAUUUGCAAUCGGAAAACAAAUCCUGAAAUGGUAAGACUUAAACAAAAAUGUUUUGAUAAUGAAACAGCUGGCUGAUAAUUUGUAAAACCAAAAGAUAUUAUUUUUUGUUGGUCUUAACUACUUUUCUUAUCAAAUUUUAAAAAGGAUGAAUGAAACUGUUGAAGUAUUGAAUUGUUAAGUAGUAAAUUUUCACAUUACGUAUGUAGUAAUAAUAAUACAGAUUUAAAUUAAGGAACAUUUAGAUGUAUGUGUCUUCCUUGGAACUAUGCAUAUUCUGUUUUAUAAUCUCUUUAAAGUAGUGAACCACUUAUAAUAUUUAUUCAUUUUUUAUAAUUAUCAUUUUAACAAACCUGAAUUUGAUCAUUCCCACACGCACAUGUGAUUUUUUGCCUGUCA